ACCCGAUGGCUAAGUGAAGGAGAGAUGUUGGCGGCAUUGGGAAAAGACUCUUUGCUUUCUGUUCGUGGAGUUUGUGCCUUGUACAGGCGCCAAAGUUUGGAGGAGAAAUUUGCGCAAAGAGCACUUGAAAGAAACAAUAAGGGUUUCAGCAUAGCAGAUGUAAAGCUGGCUUCCUGUUAUGCAAAGUUCAUGCUUGGAGAACAAACACAAGGGGAUAUCCAAAGAUCAGUGCGUGAGCUGGACAGAAGGUAUCCUUAUGCAUCAGAUAGAUGCAUAACGAUUUCCAUGAGAUACUCGAAACAGCUCUUUAGCAUCUAUGAGAAGGAAGAGGACCAAUACUUUCACCCGUAGUGAGGAGAGAGCCUUAUAAAUACUAAAGACUGUCAGUCUCUUGUAAAUGGCAAAAGCAGUUUUCCUUGUGUAGUAUCUGACAAUUUGACUGAAACAUGGUAUCUGA